AUGACGGGUUACGUGAAGUUAGAUUGCGGCGUUCAGCACUACGCCUGGGGGAAGACCGCCUCGGAGAGUUUUGUGGCGAAGAUGAAGCAUGAGACGGAUGACACCCGCAGGUACGCGGAGUUGUGGGUUGGGACGCACGUGAAUUGUCCCUCACACCUGCAAUCCGGGCAGCUGUUGGAGGAUUAUCUCCGCGAACCGAGCGUCGCCACGCGCUUCUUCUCCCCAGCACAGCAACGAACAGCGGAGUUCCGCGACAAGGUGCCGUUCCUGCUCAAAGUGCUAUCGGUCCAGACGGCGCUUUCUAUACAGGCGCACCCCUGUAAGCAAUUGGCAGUAAAGCUGCACCGCGAAAACCCCAGCAAAUACAAGGACCCGAACCACAAACCAGAGUUACUUGUGGCACUUACACGAUUUGAGGCCCUUUGUUGCUUUCGCCCGUUACAUGAAAUUCUUCGUCUGGUGGAAUCUGCAAAGCCGUUGAAGUCGCUGCUUGGAAAGGUCACCACUGUCUCAACGAAGGAGAAGGAAACGAGUGUUAUCAAGGCCAUGAUGCAUGUUGUUUAUGAUGUGAAUCCCGAGUUGCAGACGAAGGCUCUCAGAGAACAUGCGGCGGCUGUGAGAGUAAAGGGCGAGGCGGCUUCCAUGGAAGAUCGUCUCUUUCUGCGUCUUAUGUCACAAUAUCCAGAUGAUAUUGGGUGCUGGAUGGUGUACUUCCUUAACUACGUGCAGAUGGAGCCCGGUCAGGGUCUGUUUUUGGAGGACAGUGAACCACAUGCGUAUCUCCACGGAGAUGGCGUGGAGGUUAUGGCCAGUAGUGACAAUGUUGUGCGUGCUGGCCUGACACCAAAAUGGAAGGAUGUUCCCACGUUGCUGGGGAUGCUACGUUAUAAUACCGAUGGCUUGGAGCGGGCAAAGUAUGAGCGUCAUCGGGCUGCCGGAAAGGAAUCAUGGGAGGUACAACGUUAUUGCCCGCCGGCGCGGUUUCCCGAGUUUUCUCUCUAUCGCCUGCAGCAUGUGGCACAGACGAAAGGCAAAACAUGUGUCCAGCUUCCCAGCGUUGGGUUGGGCUUCUGUGUGGCCGGUAAGGGUGUCGUGAAUGGGACGCCGGUGACCAAAGGCGACUGUUUUGCAGUUCCAUACGGCACGUUAACGUGCGAGGCGGAUGGAAGUUGUGUAUUGUUCGUCGCCUCCACGAAUGACCUCCCGCCACCUCCUGCCCACAUGUAG